CUCAGCAAAAUUUGGCAGCUACACCAUUAUGCACAUGGAAACUAACAAAAUUCUGGAUCUUCAACUAGUUCAGAGCAAUGAGGUUGGUGGAAGUUAUCAUAUGGAAAAGGAGGGAUUGAAGCGUUGUCUCGAUAAGCUGGAGUCUAAUGGUUUAGCUGUUGACUACAUCGUCACCGAUCGCCAUCCGCAGAUUCAGAAGUACCUGAGGGACCGCAAUAUCACUCAGUUCUAUGACGUGUGGCACUUUGAGAAAGGUUUAUCUAAGAAACUUGACAAACUUUCAAAAAUGAAGGACUGCGAGGUGCUGAAAAAAUGGUUGCACAGCAUCAAAAACCAUGUUUACUGGAGUGCGAUUUCCUCUGAGUCUGGGCCAGAAAAGGUGGCGAAGUGGAAUUCACUGCAGAACCACAUACAAAAUGUACAUGUUCAUGAGAACCACCUCUUCCCCAAGUGUGAACACCCAGACAAAGUUUCCAGGGAUCCAAAAAAAUGGUUCCAACCAGGAUCAAUAGCGCUCCAUAAAGUGGAAAAGCUAUUAUACAACAAGAGAGUUCUCAAGGAUAUAGAAAAGCUCAGCCACAACUUUCAGACGUCAUCACUGGAGGCUUUCCACAGUCUGAUUUUGUGUUUUGCCCCAAAGAACGUGAUUUUCCCUUUCAUAGGAAUGUUGUGCAGGCUGUAUCUUGCAGCAAUGCACUAUAAUGAAAAUGCUAACCGUGAGCAGGCAACAACAACUGAAGGACAGGCUGUGUAUAAGUUCGUUUUUCCAAAGUCCAAAAAAGGGGAAUGCACAGCAAAGCCAGUGAAAAUUGAACCAACAUACAACUAUGUCGAUGACCUUAUGAGCCUUAUGUUACAUAAAGUCUUUGUGGACCCCAAGCCAUAUGCGGAAGAGCUGCAUGCAAUCCCCAUUCCACCUCCUCUGUCAUCACAGUAUGAAAAACCUUCCAAAGAAGAGGUGAUUGCCUAGCAGGUGUCACGAUUCAGUCGAGGGGUGGCCGGAACCCAACAUACUGUCCCGCUGGAUCAGGAAACUGUAGGCGGAUCCGGUUAACAACACAUGAGGGGAUGACAACCCUCACACUACGUCCUAGGUAGCCCCAGCACCAGCUGACAAAGCUGCGAUAGGCCAGAUAACGGAAGCGCCUAUGGCAGGAACAGAAAACCUCAAUAUUGUGUAUAAAACCAGUGGUAUAUUGGAAACAUGUAUAUGUGAUGUGAAAAUAUGUUUGAUAAAAAUUGAUAUUUUGAUUCAAUUUUUGUCUUUGAAUAACAUGUCUUGUGUAAAUAUAUAUUUGUUUUUUAUUUAUAUUAUUUUACACAACAUAAUUUCAUUAAA